UCUCUAUGAUUUUUUUUUCCCUCUAGAUUUUGUCUACAAAUCCAUAUGGGAAAGAUGGCUGAUAUCAACUUCAAAGAAGUAACCUUAAUAAUAGGUGUGGUAACUGCCUGCUAUUGGAACAGCCUUUUCUGUGGAUUUGUCUUUGAUGACGUCUCCGCAAUACUGGAUAAUAAAGACCUACACCCAUCCACACCUUUAAAAACUUUAUUUCAGAAUGACUUCUGGGGAACCCCUAUGUCUGAGGAAAGAAGCCACAAAUCUUACCGUCCUCUGACUGUAUUGACAUUUCGUUUAAAUUAUCUGUUUAGUGAACUGAAACCCAUGUCUUACCAUCUCCUCAAUAUGAUUUUUCAUGCUGCCGUUAGUGUGAUAUUUCUUAAAGUCUGCAAACUUUUCCUGGACAACAAAAGUAGCCUGAUCGCUUCUUUACUCUUUGCUGUCCAUCCAAUACACACAGAAGCAGUAACAGGUGUGGUAGGAAGAGCAGAACUUCUGUCAUCUACCUUUUUCCUCGCUGCAUUUUUGUCAUAUACCAAGUCAAAAGGACCUGAUAAUUCCAUAGUGUGGACUCCAAUUGCUCUGACAGUCUUCUUAAUGGCAGUUGCAACACUGUGUAAAGAACAAGGAAUAACGGUUGUGGGAAUUUGCUGUGUGUAUGAAGUAUUUAUUGCCCAGGGGUAUACCUUGCCGCUGUUAUGUACUACUGCUGGCCAGUUUCUCUGUGGAAAGACUAGUAUUCCAUUGUCUAUGCUGCAGACACUAAUCAAACUCAUUGUUUUGAUGUUCAGUACACUAUUACUCGUUGUGAUUAGAGUCCAAGUGAUCCAGUCCCAGCUGCCAGUAUUCACCAGGUUUGAUAACCCAGCAGCUGUAAGCCCAACUCCUACAAGGCAACUGACUUUUAACUACCUUCUUCCUGUGAAUGCUUGGCUUUUAUUAAAUCCCUCAGAACUCUGUUGUGAUUGGACCAUGGGAACAAUACCACUGAUAGAGUCCUUCCUCGACAUUCGAAAUCUCGCCACAUUUGCUUUCUUUUGCUUACUGGGGGCUUUGGGAGUAUUCAGUCUCAGAUACCCUGGUGACUCUUCUAAGACUGUCUUAAUGGCACUUUGCUUAAUGGUGUUACCAUUUAUUCCUGCAUCCAACCUCUUUUUUCCAGUUGGAUUUGUUGUUGCUGAACGAGUCUUGUAUGUCCCUAGCAUGGGCUUCUGUAUCUUGGUAGCCCACGGAUGGUACAAAAUAGCAAGCAAAGGUGUGCUGAAAAAACUGUCCUGGAUUUUUCUGACUAUGGUGAUACUCACUCAUGCCUUCAAAACUCUUCACAGAAAUUGGGAUUGGGAGUCUGAAUAUACAUUGUUUAUGUCAGCCUUGAAGGUAAAUAAAAACAAUGCCAAAUUAUGGAAUAAUGUGGGUCAUGCUCUGGAAAAUGAGAAGAACUUUGAGCGAGCUUUGAAAUACUUUUUACAGGCUACCCAUGUGCAGCCAGAUGACAUAGGUGCCCACAUGAAUGUAGGAAGAACUUACAAAAAUCUAAAUAGAACCAAAGAAGCUGAAGAAUCUUACAUGAUGGCUAAGUCUCUAAUGCCUCAAAUCAUCCCUGGUAAAAAAUACGCAGCCAGAAUUGCCCCUAACCAUCUGAAUGUGUAUAUCAAUCUGGCCAACCUCAUCCGAGCAAAUGACUCUCGACUAGAAGAAGCAGAUCAAUUGUACCGGCAAGCAAUAAGUAUGCGGCCUGACUUCAAGCAGGCUUAUAUUAGCAGAGGAGAAUUGCUUUUAAAAAUGAAUAAACCUCUCAAAGCAAAAGAAGCCUAUCUUAAAGCAUUAGAGCUGGACAGGAAUAACGCAGACCUGUGGUACAACUUGGCAAUUGUUCAUAUUGAACUUAAAGAGCCAGAUGAAGCCCUGAGAAACUUUAAUCAUGCUUUAGAACUAAACUCAAAGCACAAGCUGGCAUUAUUUAAUUCUGCUAUAUUAAUGCAAGAAUCAGGUGAAGUUAAACUCAGACCUGAAGCAAGAAAGCGACUUUUAAGCUAUAUAAACGAAGAGCCACACGAUGCUAAUGGUUAUUUCAAUCUGGGAAUGCUUGCCAUGGACGACAAAAAGGAUGGUGAAGCUGAGAUGUGGAUGAAGAAAGCCAUAAGAUUACAAGCAGAUUUUAGAAGCGCUUUGUUUAACUUGGCACUCCUGUAUUCUCAAACCGCCAAGGAACUGAUGGCCUUGCCAGUUUUGGAAGAAUUACUCAGACACUAUCCUGAUCACAUCAAGGGUCUAAUUCUAAAGGGAGACAUUUUGAUGAAUCAGAAAAAAGAUAUACUUGGCGCAAAAAAAUGUUUUGAAAAGAUUUUGGAGAUGGAUCCAAGCAACGUGCAAGGAAAACACAAUCUUUGUGUUGUUUACUUUGAAGAAAAGGAUUUAUUAAAAGCUGAAAGAUGCCUGGUUGAGACGUUGGCAUUGGCACCACAUGAAGAAUAUAUUCAACGCCAUUUGAAUAUAGUCAGGGACAAGAUUUCUUCAUCAAGUUUUGUAGAGCAGCCAGUAACUCCAGCUGAUAAGAGUCCUGGUAUCGAAGGAGACAAAACUCCAAGCAAAAAUGUCAAAGACGUCCAGAGCAAUUCCAGACCCAUACAGACAACGAAAACGAACAAUGAGAAAAGCCCAUCGAAAUCUAGCAAACAACUAGGCAAAAACACAGGCGAAGAGAACCCUCAAAAAACAACAAGAGAAAUCAAGGAAAUCGAGAAGAAAAGAGUUGCUGCUUUAAAAAGACUAGAAGAGAUUGAACGUAUUUUAAAUGGUGAAUAGCACUGCUCUUCAUGUGACAAUGGUUCUCAGAGAACAUCAUUACAUAUCCUGUGGUGACUUGGGAAGGAAGUUUUGAGAAAGAGCCAAGAAUAGACAGCAGUCCAUUUUGAAUUGCCUCUAUGUAGCAUCAAAAUAAGAUUUUCAUUCAAGACCUGUCUUCCACACACCCCACCCCCAGGAUAUGUACAUUAUAGGAUUUGGCAGUCAGUCUCUGAAUUUUAACCCGUCUAGAUGGCAAACUGUACCUUUUAUCAUGGAAGGCAUAUUCUUUCAGUGGAAGAAUCCUUACUGUUCUCACAUAAACACCUACUCAUUUAUUUAGUAAAUUCCCAUUCAUUAGCUAACUUCAUUUUUUCCUUCCAACUGUUAGAAUCUUGACUAUUGAUUUUUUUUUUUUUACAAGGGGUAUCUCAUAAAACAUUUUGAACUAAGACAUGUUAGCCUAAGAAUGGACUUGGUUGAGUUGUAUUUUUAUCCUCAACUUCACUCCAAGAUGGAUUUUUAAUCAGGUACCGUUUAAAACAUCUACACAUGCCUUGCUAAUGGUGCUCAUAUAAACUGUCUUUUCAUUCCCUACAUGCUGAAAGUUUCACAGUUCACACCAUAUGAUCAUGGCCAUCUUUGACUUUUUAUUCCAUAACCUAUUCAUAUUUUUAGGAUCUUAGUCGUAUUGAGAAGUCCUAAUAAGUAUAAUUUUAUUUAAGAUUUUGUGUUAAAACAUAGUGUCUCAUUGUAGUAGUAAGUUUCUAGUGUUAUUUUAAUUUUGUUUCCAAAAACAUACAUUAAUCACCCUUAGAUACUGUAAGUUCUGCUUAACUAAAUGCCAUAUAAUGUGACAAAAUUUAUUUUUAAACACUAAGUUCAUGGCAUUUUGUUUGGGUGUUUAGUUUCAUGAAAUAUUUAUUUUGACUACUGAGCUUUCAUUAAGAAACAUAAAGCUGUUUCAACUUUGUCAAGUGUGAAAAACAAAUUCCUGUUGCAUUUUAUUUAAACAUAUAAUUUAACCCAAAUUCCAUCAUUUUGGUAGGCUGUCCAACUAUCAGAGAUAAUUUGCAUAAAAUGGGGCUGAUAAACUAGUUGACCUCAGCACAUUUAAACCUGAAAACUGUUACAUUAGAAAAUAGAUAGAAAUCAGGUUUAUUCGCUUAAGUCUGAUUUUAUCUUCCCCCCCCCAAUUUAAAGUAACUUUCAAACGUAUUUUUGACAUUUUGGUUGUAAUUUAAAAUGUCAAAGCUCAAACCAUCAUCCUAGGAUAAAAACUAAUUUCUAGUUAUGUAGCUACUACUGAAUUCUUUUACAUAAAGAUAACUAAGUAUAUGUGUUUCCCAAAACAGAUUCUUUAUUUUUUGUAAAUAGGUUGUAGAAAACACUAUCUGCAUUAAAGGACCAAUCUUACUAGGUUCUCUAAAGAUCUGACAUUGCUUGUUUUUCAGUUUAAAAUAAACAUCGAUCACUACCUAAAAGAUUUAAUUUUUGAUCUAGCAGAUUGAGUUAAACACUAAAGCAAUACCUUAUUUCAGUUUUUAAAUUAUGACUUUGUGCAUUCAGUUAUAAGGUGGAGAAUACCUCAUAUAUUAUGACUUGAAAAAUGAAAUCUAUGUUUUCCAUAUAUUUCCAUGUGUCUUGAGAAAAAAAGUUUCAGAGUUUUAUCUGUUGUGGUAUCAAGAACAGAAGGAAAUAGCUCAUGACAGCAGACCAUAAUUUUAAAAAAUUAGUAUUUUAAUAAAGUUAUAUAAAAAUUCAAGAUAGAGUAUAUAGUAAUGCUAUCCAGUGAUUUUUAAUAUAAAAAUAAUUAUCUUCUGUAUACCUAGUGCUCAUAUUUUUGAAUCUUAAGUAAUUUAUUUAAAUAAAAGCCAUCCUGAGUAAGAAUUUCCCAGGCAACUAUUUCUUAAACUCUUUAUUUUAGAAUCAUCUAGACUGCUUGUAAUUUGGAUCUUUACCCCACAAUUAAAUGUUGUCGUUUUUUUUUUUAAAUAGGGAUGUAGCCACAUUUCAGAUUUUAAAAAAAUUCUUGAAGUGAUUUUAAUUUCUUAUAAGGGUUAAUAACCACAACUGAAGAAAAUCAUCUCUCCUUUGUUAACUUUUUUAAGUAGUAAAAUAGCGAAGUUGUGCUGUUUUGAGUUCCCCAAAGAAAUAUAUUCUUCUGAUAACUAGUAUUUAUUUCACUUUAGGUUUCAUCAGACUUAUGUGUAAAAAUGGUUAUUUCUUCUCUUUAUGCUCAAAGUAGAAAUUUUACUCAACUUUUUUUUGGUGAGUAAAACUAAGUUUUGUUUUUUUUUUUCCCUUAGAACUGCCUUUGGGGGAAAUUGGAGGAAGGGGACAGUUUAAACAUAUUUGAUUAACCUAUGAUCAGAAUUGUGAGCUUCUGUAGGUUCAGAAAUAGAUGCAAUUUUAAUUCUCAGUUCUUCUAAAGAGAAUCGGUUCCCCAAGAGUUCUAAGAAAGCUUUGACAAUCCUCAAAAUUCUGUUACUCCCUCAUCCUUCUUAGAAGAGGUCAAGUUUCUUUCAUGUUGUUCCUGUUUGUAUUUGCUUAGUUGGAUUCAUAAUUGAGAAUGUUAUCUUCAGUUGUUUCUGUAAAUGAUUUUUCUGAAGUUGAUGACUAGAGGAUAAGACAGAUGUGCUUGCAAUUCUGUUUUGCAAAUUUGUGUUUGCUUUUAUGUAAAUACUUGGUGUGUGAAUUACAUAAUUCUAGCCAACCUCAUGUCUUUCCAUUACAUCAGUUGAAACUCUCAACUUCAUAUUACAGAAUGUUUCUUUAAAAAUGAUUUAAUGAAAAAAUUGAAAUGAUAUAGAUUUGUAUGUCAGUUUAUACUUCAGAAAUCCAUAUAUUUGUCCUAUUUAUUUUUUUAAGGAAAAAAAUCUAACUGCAUGACUUAAGUGACAUUUAAAAUGAAACCCGCAGCAUAUCAGAUAUCUUCCUUAUCCAGAAUUUUAUGUGUUGAAAGUUGUCACCCAUCCAUAUUAAGGAGUUCAUACGAAGAUGUGAAUCUGAACUAUAUGCAUUUUAUAUUACUAUCACCUCUCUGUGUGCCAUUUUCUAAAUCUUGGGCAUUAAACUGAUGCUUAAAAAAAAAAA